AUGGCGAGGUGGAGAUGGAUGCUGUUGAUGUUGACGACCAUCUGGACGCUGAGCGAUGGCUAUCUGACGGUACUGCCGUCCAGCACGCCCGUCGGAACUGUCGUCUUCGAGGCAGGAGUGCCACAGCUGGGUGGUCGUCGCAAGUACGAGGCGUCUAGUGAGCGCACCGCUUGGUUUGCUCGGAAGCUCCUCAAAGUCCAUCCGCACACAGGCCGCGUAACUCUGGCAAAGACGCUUAGCUGUGAAGGUCUCCAGUAUCCGCGCGUUUUCACCUUUUACGUCGACUCUACGAGCUCCCGCCUCGGUAGACCUACUAUCGAUUACUAUAGUUUGCCAUUAAGGAUUUUAAUUACCGGAUGCGGCGGGGAGAAUCACGACCUGGCGGCCACCAGGGGCUGGAUGGCGGAGACUCUGGCCUCUUACGCGAUGCCCAGCACCGACAGGUUUACCGAGGUAUGCCUACGGACGUCUCAACUGGUGGCAGCUCUCCGUGAUUUUCUACCUCAGACGACAUUGAAGGAAUGCGAAACAAGAUGGGGUGGAGUGGCAGACCCCAGGUUCCUCGUGGAAGGUGCCGCCGGGGACUUGGUUUCCGCUACCGAGCAAUGCCUAGUCGACCCAUUAUGGAAGGUCUCAGUUAGCAUGAAUUUGCGCUGCACCGGCGACUCGCGUCUGACCGAUGCCGAGCAUCGGUUGAAGAUUGUCUUUCAUCACCAUCAGCUGGACGACACUGAUCUAGGUAGAAGGGUGAGACGAGAGCUCAAGAAUCAAUCGCCGUAUUUCGAGCAACACCUCUAUCUCGCCGCGGUAGAAGAGGAAAAAGAGCCGGGAAUGUAUGUGACUUCAGUGAAGGCUAGAGACCCCGAGAACGGCGCCGUACGAUAUUCCAUGAGCUCCCUGGUAGAUGCGAGAUCGCAAGCAUUAUUGGCUCUUGAUCCAGUAACCGGAAGAGUAACCACCCGUGCCAGGUUGGAUAGGGAAAAUGUCGACGUGCACUAUUUUCGGGUGUUGGCAGUGGACGAUUCAUUUCCUCCGCGUACCGGCACAACGACUCUUCAAGUUAAUGUGUUAGAUGCAAACGAUCAUACGCCCAGCUUCGAGGGACCGGAAUACGACGCGUCGGUACGUGAAGGUGUUCCCGUAGGUUCCACGGUAAUAACAGUUAAGGCUACGGAUCAGGAUACUGGAAGAAAUGCUGAAGUAGAGUACUCUAUCGUCUCUAUUACGGCAGGUAAUAGCAUCACGCAUAUGGAGGAUACAGCGACUUUCAGAAUCGAUCCAAGAUCCGGUGUGGUCACUACACGAACUCCUCUCGAUCGCGAACAAACCGAGAUUUACACGGUAAUGCUCAGCGUUACGGAUCAAGCGACACCACCUUCGACGCGACGCAGUGCAAAUGCAACCCUGGUGGUACGUGUACUGGACGACAACGACAAUUACCCGCAGUUCACCGAGCGCACAUAUUCGGCGACCGUGCCGGAGGACUUGGACUACACGACUAAUCCAGUGAUAGCCCGUAUUAGGGCGAUGGAUGCGGAUGCUGGCGCCAACGCUGCUGUCCGCUACGCUAUCAUUGGCGGCAACACGCAGAACACCUUCUCGAUCGAUUCAAUGAGUGGCGAUGUAGCCCUAGUUAAGCCACUCGACUACGAGUCCACCAGGAGCUACAAGAUCGUCAUACGUGCUCAGGACGGUGGCUCGCCCGCCCGUUCCAACACUACCCAACUACUCGUGAUGGUCAAGGAUGUAAAUGACAACGCGCCAAGAUUCUACACCAGCCAUUUCCAAGAAUCAGUGUCGGAAAACGUACCACUGGGAUAUUCGAUCCUGAGGGUACAAGCAUACGAUGCCGAUGAGGGUAACAAUGCACUCAUCAAAUACACCAUUGGCGCACGUGAUUUCACCGGCGCCUCCACAGAGAACUUCCCUAUCACCGUGAAAGCGGAAACUGGUUGGAUCUACACGACGAAGCAAUUAGAUCGUGAACAGUGUUCAAAAUAUCAAUUUACCGUAAUCGCGGCAGAUUCUGGAGAAGAACCAAAAUCCGCGAGUGCGACAGUAUUUCUCACGGUGACCGAUGUAAACGACAAUGAUCCUUACUUCGAGCCAAAAACCUACGAAGCUGUAGUGUCCGAGGAUAGUCUGGCGGGCACCCCGGUCACCACGGUGACCGCCACCGAUCCGGAUGAGGAUUCCAGAAUCCAUUAUGAAAUCACGGGCGGUAACACGCGCGGGCGCUUCUCUAUUGCUUCGCAAAACGGACGUGGCCUUAUAACUAUCGCACAGACGCUCGAUUAUAAGCAGGAGAAACGGUUUGUGUUGACAGUAACUGCGUCAGAUAGCGGCAGCCGCACUGAUACCGCCUUGGUUUACGUCAACGUGUCGGACGCCAAUAAUUAUUCUCCAGAAUUUGAAAACGCACCCUACUCAGUCUCGGUGUUCGAGGAUGCGCCGAUUGGCGUGACAGUGCUGGUGGUGAGUGCCACUGAUGCCGAUGUCGGCAAGAACGCCCAGAUCACAUACAGCCUAGCGACUGACAAUGGCGAACAGGUGAUCACCGAGUUCACCAUCAAUCCACAAACUGGAGCAAUCACGACGACAAAAGCGCUCGAUCGCGAGCUGGUACCCUCGUAUCUGUUGACAGUGACCGCCCGGGACGGUGGAGUACCGUCGCUAUCGGAUACCACCGACGUGGAGAUCUCCGUCACGGACGUAAAUGACAACGCACCGGUCUUCGAGGCGCCGCAAUACCAGGGUUCGAUUCUCGAGGAUGUUUUGCUAAGCACUAGCGUACUGAGAGUCUCGGCGACCGAUGCAGAUACCGAUCUCAAUGGUCGGGUAAGAUACGGUUUGGAGGAUGACGGCGACGGAGCGUUCACGAUUGACUCUACAACAGGCAUUAUCAGAACCGCGAAAAUAUUGGACCGAGAAUCGGUGGCAUAUUACGUUUUAAAAGCCGUUGCCACAGAUCGCGGUUCGCCCGCACUCUCGUCCGUCGUUCCUGUUACUAUCAAAAUAGAAGACAUCAAUGACUCGCCACCAGCCUUUGAGAACGAUAAGAUCAUUCUUUACAUCGCCGAGAAUUCUCCGAUUGGUUCGACUGUUGGUGAAAUCUACGCCCACGAUCCAGACGAGGGUCCUAAUGCAGUAGUGCAGUACAGUAUCAUCGGCGGCGAGGACUCCAACAGCUUCAGCUUGAAUGUCCGUCAAGGCGCCGAUCGCGCCGAAUUAAUUACCCUCGAGGAACUUGACUACGAAUCGCCGAAGAAGAAAUUUGAACUCGUGGUGCGAGCCGCGUCACCACCGCUGCGUUCAGACGCGGUGGUGCAGAUUCUAGUGACCGAUGUGAACGACAACGCGCCGGUGCUUAAGGACUUUCAAAUCAUUUUUAAUAAUUUCAAGGACUUCUUCCCAACUGUAUCAAUUGGCCGGAUACCAGCAGUGGAUGCUGAUGUGACGGACAAUCUUGUCUACAGCAUCCUCUCCGGCAAUAAUGCGAAUCUGAUCGAUCUCAAUAGGACCACUGGCGAGAUCCGAUUGUCGCCGCAACUCAACACUAACGUGCCGCGAGUAGCGACUAUGGAAGUCGCCGUGACAGACGGUAUCAACGAGGCAAAGGCCACAAUGACGUUAUCAGUACGUCUAAUCACUGAUGAGAUGUUGCUGAACUCGAUUACAGUAAGAUUGGACGAUAUGACAGUAGAAGCAUUUCUUAGUCCUCUUCUGGGUUACUUUCUGGAUGGCUUGGCGGCUAUCAUUCCCUGUCCCCGUGAGAACAUCUUUCUCUUUAGUGUUCAGGAAGACGCAAACGUGCACGGCAAAAUCCUAAACGUGAGCUUCUCGGCACGCAAGGUCGAACCAGGCACGGUUGACGAGUUUUACAGUCCGCAAUUUCUUCAGGAACGAGUAUACCUCAAUCGCGGUAUCCUGGCGAGAUUAGCAACUGUCACUGUUCUGCCCUUCGAUGACAAUCUUUGCGUUCGUGAGCCUUGCCUAAAUUUUGAAGAGUGCCUGACGGUGCUCAAGUUUGGCAACGCGUCCGGUUUUGCCAGCAGCGACACGGUUCUCUUUCGGCCCAUCUAUCCGGUGACCACAUUCGCGUGCAGGUGCGCCCGUGGCUUUACUGGUAGUCGCGAGGCUUAUAUGUGUGACACCGAAGUGAAUUUAUGCUACUCGAAUCCUUGCAUGAAUGGUGGCAUCUGCCACAGGCGAGAGGGUGGAUAUUCAUGCACCUGCCAACCGGAUUUCACCGGCGUAAACUGCGAGAUCUCAAUGAACCGCAACGCUUGCUCACCUGGCAUCUGUAAAAGUGGUUCUCAGUGUACCGUGAAGAAUACCGCUGGCUUUACCUGCGAGGGUUGCCCUGUAUCCGCUUUGGAAAGCGUAACACCUUUCUGCGAGUUGAAAGCACGCAGUUUCGGUCCGGCGACAUUCCUCACUUUCGCUUCUCUUAAGCAACGCCAUCGUCUUCAUCUUAGAUUGAAAUUUGCUACCGAGUUGGUCGAUGGCUUGCUACUCUACAAUGGCAGAUAUAACGAACGCCACGACUUUAUCGCCCUAGAAAUCGUGGAUUCGCGCGUGCAGUUUAGCUUUUCUCUCGGUGAUGAAGUAACAAGAGCAAUGGCGAGCGUUCCUGGUGGUGUCUCGGACGGUCAGUGGCAUGAGGUUGUGGUCUCAUACAUCAACCGAACUGUGACAGUGUCUCUAGACGAUUGUGACGUCGCGCUUGCUCUAAAGCACGGGGAGAGACUAGGUCCAAAAUGGACUUGCGCUGGUAGGAGCGAAAGAGUUCUCGAGGAUCGUUGUGGAUUUGUCACCGAAACCUGCCACAGGUUCCUGGACUUGACUGGACCGUUACAAUUAGGUGGUCUGCCAUCAAUCCCAUCCAGCUUCCAGAUCCGCAACAAAGACUAUGUAGGAUGCAUUAGUGAUCUUUACAUCGAUCACGUUUUCGUUGACUUGAACUCAUUCGUAGCCGACAAUGGAACGAAUGCGGGUUGCCCCGAAAAGGCUGCCUUCUGUGCCUCGUCGCCCUGCAGAAACAAUGGUAAAUGUCGUGAAAUCUGGUCGGGUUUCGUAUGCGAGUGCGAACAUAACUUUGCCGGGCCUACUUGUGCCGAAGAAAUUGGCGCGCCGUACAACUUUCGCGGCGAUGGCAUGCUCGGCUUCAAUCCAUUAUUACGACCUAUUCAAUUACCGUGGAUGACGGCCCUGAGUCUCCGAACUCGCGCACGACAAGCAUUCGUCAUGAGCGUGCAGAUCGGCCAGAAUAGCUCGGUCCUGUUAGAAAUCCGAAACGGCAAGCUGGUCGUCUCGCUGGAUGGUGCCGAUGUAAUCCGAACUGGUGGUAUAGUUGCGGAUGGCGAAUGGCAUCGCAUGGAGAUUGUCUGGCAAAGCGGCCAUGUAUCUCUAGACACAGACUAUCGCGAACGACCUGCGACAGUGCCGCUACCAGCUAAGCUGCAGGGUUUGUACGUUGGCAGAAUCCUUGUAGGUGGUUCAGACCAAGCGACCAAUAUCGAUCUACCGUUCUUUAACGGCUGCCUGCAGGAUAUACGAAUCGGCACCAACCAGAGUGUUCUUCAGCGUCCAACUAUUCAAGAGAACGUCAAUGCUGGUUGUCCAUCUGAAACCCACUGCAACUUAGAAUGUCCACAGGCAUCAAUCUGCAUAGCAAAAUGGCAGUCGAGCGAGUGUGUGUGCGCAGCUGGCCACGUCGGUCGUGAUUGCGAACGCAUUUGCAAUCUCGAGCCCUGCAGCGAUGUCGGCAUUUGCAUCGAAAAUAUGACCGAUUUGAGGCGUGGUUAUCGGUGUGAAUGUGCUUCUUCUGAUAUAUCCGGAGAGUAUUGCGAGACAAAGAGCGAACAACCCUGUCCGGCGACAUGGUGGGGAUCUCCAAUUUGCGGGCCUUGCCAUUGCGAUGAGACCAAGGGCUAUGAUCCCGCUUGUAACAAGACCACCGGCGAAUGCCACUGCAAGGAAAAUCACUACCAGCCGAACGGACGGAAGGAAUGCAUACCAUGCGAGUGCUAUACAACCGGCAGUUUCGGUCCUCGUUGCGACACUGAGACAGGUCAAUGCCGUUGUCGGACGGGAGUGAUCGGUCGUUCGUGCACCGACUGUCCAAAUUCUUAUGCUGAGGUAACUCUGAGAGGCUGUGAGGUAGUCUACGAUGGCUGUCCCAGAUCAUACUCGGACGGCUUAUGGUGGCCGCGGACUCUUUUUGGAUUGACAGCCAUCGAGGAUUGUCCCGGCACCGCCGAAGGCAAAACUUCCAGAUCCUGCGACGACAAAUUAGGCGGUUGGCAACCGCCCGAUCUCUUUAAUUGUACUUCGGAGGCCUUCAUCGAACAUCGACACCAGUUGGCGGCUCUGGAGACCAAAGAUCUCACACUAAACACCUAUGUAGCUGUGAAAAUGGCAAAAGACGUUCACAGAGCGGUGAAUAUUACGAGAGAAAUGUACGGAGUAGAUCUUUUGGUGACGGAAUCCUUGCUAGUGGCGUUGCUACGUUACGAAGAAAGUCUAGUGGGUCUGAAUCUGACUCACAGUCAGGACAAGGAUUACGUCACCCAUCUGAUCGGCAUAGCCGGAGCAAUUCUGAGGUCCAAAUACAAGGAAAAAUGGGAAAAAAUAGAAGAACUUAACGGAGAUAGUCCCGAUAAGAUUCUGGAUGCUAUGGCGAGAUACUUAAAGACUUUAACGGCAUCUCAACAUGAUACUUUUACCAAUCCCUUUGAAGUAGUCAAUGAUAACGUUGUGCUGGGAUUAGACAUCGUAACAUCGGAGAGUCUCUUUGGCUACGAGACCAUUGAAUAUAAGGAAGAUCCUACUUUAUCAACAGCGAGGCCCGCGGAAGCCGAUCGGAAAGUCAUUCUGCCUGAUACUUCCGCUUUUCUAAGCUCUUCAACACACUUUGGUCCGUCUAUUAACUUCCCAAAGUACAACAACUACAUGGCUGAUCCAAGCAGAUUCGAUCCGCACUCAAAGGUCCAGGUGCCACUCAAUACGUUAGGUAUCAAACCCGUCAUACAGGGUGAAUUAAAUGUGAAGAACAGUCUAAACAAUCGAAAGGCCGUGCUGAGUUACGUGCAAUACAAAGAACUUGGCGCUCUCUUACCGCAAAGAUUCGAUGACUCAGUAUCAGUUAGAUGGGGAGUAGAAGUAGCAGUUGGAUCGCCCGUAAUGACUGUCUCGGUGUUAGUUCCCUCGGAUGAUGGCUACGAGUCCUUGACAGGAAUUCCUUUGCAGUCACCGAUUCAAGUCAGACUGUGGCUUCAUGAAAACAAUGAUUUCAAGACCAGAACAAAUCCGCAAUGCGUCCAUUGGAGCACGGCAAGGGGAAUCGGUGAAUGGAGUCGAAUGGGCUGCACCACAGAAAUCGAAGACAAUUCCCUGUCAUUCGGUACUAUUGUGAACUGCUCUUGCAUGAAACUGUCCACCUUUGCCAUACUGACAGACGUCCUCGAUCUUGAAUACGUUCCCGAACCAUCUUUAUUAGAAGAUGUGACCAGUUAUAGCGCGUUCAUGCUCGCCUUACCGCUGCUAUUAUCUGCUCUCUUGAUCCUGGCGUUAAUUCGCGGCGGUGGUACCAACUCUAACAGUAUUCACAAAAAUUUGGUGUUAUGCGUUUUUAUGGCGGAAAUCCUGUAUCUAAUCGCCCUCAAAGCCAGAAAUCCUCUCAUCUCCAAUGAAUUCCCAUGCAAACUCACGGCGAUAGGAUUGCAUUACACCUGGUUGAGCACUUUUGCCUGGACCCUCGUAGACUCCGUUCAUCUCUAUCGAAUGCUGACGGAAAUGAGAGAUGUGAACCAUGGCCAGAUGAGAUUUUAUUACACUAUGGGAUAUGGUCUACCGGCUGUCAUUGUUGGACUUACUAUCGGCGUCAGGGCUGAUCAGUAUGGAAAUUUCUACUUCUGCUGGUUGUCCAUCUAUGAAACCGUGAUUUGGGCGCUCAUAGGUCCCGUUUGCGCUGCCGUAUUGGUGAACUUCUGCAUUCUCGUAAUGUGCAUUCGCGCAGCGUUUACUCUGAAAGAGCACAUCAUGGGCUUUGGAAAUUUACGAACGCUCCUAUGGCUCUCUGUGGCUUCAUUACCUUUACUAGGCUCCACAUGGACUUUGGCGGUUCUCAAUGCAUCAGAGAACUCGUCGAUGCUUUCGUAUUUACUGAGUGUCGCUAUCGUGGUUCACGCGGCAUUCAGUCUCAUCGGUUACUGUUUCAUCAAUAGCAGAGUUAGGAGAAAUUUAUAUCAAAGUCUAUUAAGAUGUAUUGGCAAAAAAGCGCCCUUGCUUGAAGGAAGCAUGGGAAACGGAAGUAGCAGUCAAAAUGUAAAUGGUCAUUCACGUUCAGCGCUAGCUUACUCCUCGACUUAUAGCGGAGCCGAAUCCGCAUGCAAGAGAGUUCACGUUGGCGUUUCUACAAGUAGUACAACCUCAAGAAGUACAAAUAAAACAGGUUCAAGCCCUUAUCGUAGCGAUACGCACUUGAGACAUACAUCAACCUCCACAAGUAAUUACAAUAGCGAUCGAGAUCCGUAUCUGUCGUCGAGGAGUCAUCGAUCAGCACUAAAUUCUCGACAAGAAUCUACGGAGAUAAGAGGUCAGCGCAGAGAAUCAGAAUCAGACUCCGAUGGCUCGCAAGCCGAAGGAGGCGGCAGAAGCCUGGACCUCGCCAGUUCGCACAGCUCCGACGAGGAUGACGUCACGUCGAGAUCGCACAGAAAUAUGGGAGUAUCUACACAACAGCACGUCACUCACAGUUAUUUGCCCAAUAUUCACACUAAUCCCGCCGAACACUUGAACAUACUUUGCUCGAAUACUGAACUCUUCCCCAACAUCAAACCAAUCUACGCCCCGAGAUGGAGUUCCCAACUGCCAGAAGCAUAUCUGUCAUCGAAUGUGAUGGAUGUACGAAGUAGCCAAUGGUCCGGUGGUACUAUGUCAGAUAACGAAAUAGCUUCGAACAAGACUUCGAGCCCGAAUCCGCUGCCAUAUCCGGAGAUAAACUCACCGCAAAAGAACCAGCCGGACGAGAACUACUCAGAAGGUGAAGAGAAAAUGCAUCAUUUGGGAGAAAAGUAUUUAUUCCCUUAUACCGCCGAGGAAGACCAUACAGUGUCACCCACACCGUACAUGUUGUCCAUGUCGUCACGCAUCCUCGCCUCUAGCAUGAGCCAUCAUUCACAGAAUUCGAAUCACGAAAACCUGAGUGGUUCCGAGCAGCGUUACGGCAGCCUGAAACGUGGCCAAAGUCUGCACGGCUCCCAGCAUGACAACCUCAGCGGUUCCGAAAGAUACGGCAGUCUAAAACGCGGCAAGAUGGGCACCCCCACCGUUCUGGAGGAUAGGCCCGAAUAUAUCUUACCGAUGAGCGGCAGGAUACUGUCGAGUUCGUUGACCCAUGACCUACAACACAGUAAUGAACUGGCGGCGCUCAGGCAACAACAACAGCAACAGCAGCAACAAUACGAGCAAACUAUCGCCGAGACCGACGAGGAGGAAGGAUACUAAUGCGGAAACGCCCGUCUGACAAGGUCUGUGCCACGAACGAGAAUAACGUACAAAGUAAUUUAGUUUACGCCUAGCUUAAGUGUCCAACGCGCAAUAAAGAUUUGUCAAUAUAUAUAUAUAUAUAUAUUUUAAGAAGCGGCCAUGACUGUACUUACUUAGCCAUAUUAAUUAGCAUGUAUGUGUGAGUGCCUGUUUAUAUGUUGCAUAAUGGAAGGUCUAUCAGAGUAAUCUUGAGAAAUCAAAGUAUAUUCCAAUGAUUAU